AUGUUACUGUCCCUGGAUAUACGUAAAGCAUUCGAUUCCCUCUCAUGGUCCUACCUCUUUCAGAUACUGGAACGAUGGAGUUUCAGUCCCAAAUUUAAAGCCUCGCUCCAUUCACUCUCUAGCAAUACGACAGCACAGAUCUCUUUGCAAAGCCAUAAAUUGACACAAUCCACAAUCUCCUCUGGCACUCUCCAGGUGUACCUGCUUUCUCCCUUAUUGUUCAUCAUAGCAAUAGAGACCCUCGCUACUACGAUCGUCAGGACCCGAAUAUAUAGGGGAUUAAGAGCGGGGACUGACAUCACAAUUGUGCACUUUUCGCAGAUGAUCUGCCAUUAUUUGCCACUUCCCCUCAUACUACCCUACCACACUUAUUCUCCCUAUUGGAUCAUUUUGGUCAGAUCUUGGACCUCCUGGUCAAUCAGACCAAAUCUGAAGCCAUGA